UGCAAUUUCUGCGAUUUGCAUUUGACACCACAACCUCUUUCGAUUGAAGUUGUUUUGCCCAAAUGCAUAUUGUAAAAGAAAUUCCUUCUCAAAUAAACUUGUAUUGACCCAAGGAACAAAAAAAAAACAUUUACUAUUUUACUCCAAACUCAAUUUGGCAAAACAACUUGUAAGGGAUAAGACAUGGUAAAAUGGGGAUAAGAUUAGAAAAAACGUCUUAUUUAUAUACACUGCCGGAACAAAGUAUUGGCACAGCAAAUUUAAAUAUUGUUUUUAUGUGUUUCUUUCAGAUGAAUCCACAAAAAGAAAUUCCGGUGCUUGAUGAUGAUGGUUUUUAUUUAUCGGAGAGCAUUGCCAUUAUGCAGUAUCUAUGCGAUAAGUACGCAACGAAUAGUAACCUUUAUCCGAGGGAUGCCAACAAACGUGCUAUAGUAAAUCAACGGCUGUGUUUCAAUAUGGGUUUCUAUUAUUCAGCCAUAUCAGCUCAUAGCAUGGCACCAAUAUUCUUUGAUUACCAACGUACCGAUAUGUCUUUGAAGAAGGUUAACAAUGCUUUGAAUGUAUUUGAAACGUACUUGCGUGAUGGCGGCAAAAAAUAUGCUGCCGCAGAUUUUCUAACUAUUGCCGAUUUCGGGUUGGUGUCAGCCACUUUAUGCUUAGAGGCAAUAGGGUUUGAUAUAUCAUCUUAUCCAUUGGUGCAAAAGUGGUAUGAAACAUUUAAACAGGAAAAUCCAGAAUUAUGGGAAAUCGGAAAAGGUGGAAUGUUGGAAAUCUCUGAAUUCGAAAACAAUCCACCUGACCUUUCUCACAUGAAACAUCCAUUUCAUCCAACUCGAAAAUCGAAGGUAUAAGCUAAGUAUAAGUAAAUGCAUUGCAAAGCAGAGGUUUUAAGUGUUUUGAUCCCAAGUAAAUUUAAUGCUUUGUUCUAAUUAUUAAGAUGUAUUGAUAUCAAAUAUAUAUAUGUAUGUAUGAAAAUUACGUUUGAAUAUUUCUUUGGUUUGAUAUGAUUCGCAAAACAUUUUGAUUUCGUAGUUAACACAGAGUGCCAGUUGCAUUUAGUUUUCGGCAUUAAACAUCCUAUAUUAAAUAUACACAUAUUUUACCAUUCCGGAGGGCCUGG